AUGCUGCCAAUGGUCCUUACUGUAUUCGGUUCCUUUGGUUUAAUUAUCCUUCUUUAUUACCUAAUCAGUGUCUUCCUGUGGAUCAAGCUCGAUAGCAAUGCUGAAUUAUAUUUCAAACUAAAAUUCGGGAAGAAGAUUUCGUCACUGGCUGGAAAGGUAGUCUGGAUUACGGGAGCUUCAUCUGGCCUUGGAAGGAGUUUAGCCAUUCUCCUUGCUUCUCAUGGAGUUAAAUUGGUGUUGAGUGCAAGGAGAGUUGAUGAACUAAAGAGGGUUCGUCAGGAUUGCCUUGACGCUGCUGGUGGGAAACUUCAGGAAAAGGAUGUUCUAGCACUCAGAAUGGAUGUUCUGGACAUUGAUAAGCAUGUGGAGUUAUUGGAAACUAUCAUAAAGAAUUUUAGUCGUUUGGACAUCUUGGUCAGCAAUGCUGGGAGAUCCGUGAGAGCAGACUGGGUGGAUAUUGAUCUGGAUGUGGAUAAAGCUGUCUUUGACUUGGAUGUCUUCAGUCCUAUUCAUCUAGCCAGGGUCGUAAGCAGGUACUUCCUGAAGAAUAAAAUUGACGGACACAUUGCUGUGACAUCCAGUAGUUCAUCCCUAACUCCUACGCCCAACAUGUCAUCCUACAUUGCUGCAAAGUCAGCCAUUAAUGCUUAUUUCCACGCUCUGAAUAUGGAUUAUCCUCAGAUUAAGACAACAAUCUACUGCAUUGGACCAUUCUUCUCGGAAAUUCAAGAAGAAGCCUUUACAGGUCGUCUUGGGGAAAAAUAUGGCGUAUCACUUAGAUCCAUUAAUAAGUUGGAAAGGAUGUCAGCUGAAAGGAGUGCCUACCUCUUUGCUGUGGCCAUUGCAAAUGAAAUUUCCAUGGACGUAACAGUGGAAUUUAUUUAA